AAGCAAGCAAUGAGGUAAUCCCUAGCAGCCGCGUGAAGUGCAGCAAGUGCGGUGAGAGGCGCAAGAACAGCAGCCGGCGUGAUGUCUUGAGCUGUGAUAUCACUUUUCUCCCGUUUGCAGCUCUCUCCUCGAGAUGGUCUGCUUAGCUGCUAACAAGCUGUAGCUUUGACAAUUUUUUUUUUAGUUCUUUUUAUUUUUAGUCAGGGGGAUGACUAUGUGGAGGGGCUUUUAGGAUAGGCAAGGGUGGGACAGGCUUAGCCCAGGGGCUCGUAGGCUUACAUCGGACAUCCCGGGUGCGGGUGAAGAGAUAGAGGCAAUAAAAAGACAAGAGGACGAAAGGUGUGCGCCCACCAUGACGGAAAGGUGCAGUCUGUGGAGCGCCCUGUCGGCUGCAGCAUGCUGCUUCUACCGGGGAUCUUUCAUGCAGGUGCAGUUCUCCAAGGAGAAGUACCUGCUGGAGUCUCCUCCCGAGAAGCUACGUAAGGAGCUGGAGGAGGAGCUAAAGCUGAGUCCUGCUGACAUCAGGAGCCAUGGUUGGUACCAUGGACACAUACCCAGAGAGGUGUCCGAGACUCUGGUGCAGCAUCACGGAGACUUCCUGGUCCGUGACUCUCUGAUCAACGCGAGUGACUACGUGCUGACCUGUCGGUGGGAUAACGAUGUGCUGCAUUUCAAGAUCAGCAAAGUCCUGGUCAAAUCCAGCGACACCAAGGUGCAGUACGUGCUGGAGUCGGAAAGCUUCGACUCGGUCCAGGAGCUGGUGCGCUUCUACGCAAGUCAGCGUAAAGCCAUCUCGCAGUCCAGCGGUGUCCACAUCUACUGUCCGGUGAGCCGGACUCUCCCGUUGCGAUACCUGGAGGCCACUUUCGCCCUAUCCGGCGGCAAGCACGGCUGCGCCUACUCGCCGUCCAAUCAGAGGGGAGCUUACAUCAAGAGGCGGAGCGUCACCAUGAUGGACGGGCUCACCACGGAGAAGAUGAUGCCUCACAGUGACUCAGACAGCCCGAGUCCAGUUGAGGCACCAGCGGACCCUCAGCCGCAACCUGCGUCCAAAUGCAGCUGCCCUUCCACCAUUCACCACCACAAAGAUGCAAUGAGGAACUGCGCAAUGAGCAUGGACCAGAUUCAAGAGUAUCGCUGCCCCUUGUCGCCUGUCCGGGAGACGCCGAUGUCUCCUGCAUACUGUGCAAUUACCAGACAAAGAGCCCAUUCGGGUGGGCGAGUCCUGGCGGUGGUGCCCCCUUCCCCCGUCACACGCCGUUCCAGCGACCCUCAGCUCAGCCCAUCUUCCGGCAACAACCCCCCAGAGCAUCCCGUCUUUCACUCGGCGCACUCCUCUCCCGCCCAUCAUUCGACUUUUCAGUCUUCCGAAACGGCGGGCAGCUACUGCGACCUCAGACCUUGCCCGGCCGGACCACCUAAACCUCCCACCAAGGGUUACGUGGAGCGCUUGCGGGUGGAGGAGGGGAGGAAUGAGGGUGUGAGGGAGGAGGGAGACGGAAUGUGCAGCACUCCUCAGGUGGAGACGGCUUCCUUGUUUCGACCAUCCAGAUAUGAGUCUGGCAUAAUGCCGGCUGACAAUAAACCUCUGGAGAUGUCCGUGCUAAAGAGAGUGAAAGAGCUGCUGGCUGAAGUGGAUGCGAGGACGGCGGCAAAGCACAUCACCUUGGUGGACUGCACGAUUGCCAGAAUACUGGGUGUCAACUCGGACAUGCAAAGGAUGAUGGGCGUGUCCUCGGGCUUGGAGUUACUCACACUACCUCACGGACACCAGCUAAGACUUGACCUACUGGAGAGGUUCUACACCAUGUCUAUCAUGACGGCCGUGGACCUGCUGGGUUGCACGGGAAGCACCGAGGAGCGGGCGGCCCUGCUCCACAAGACCAUCCAGUUGGCGGCUGAGCUGAAGAGCAACUUGGGGAACAUGUUUGGCUUCGCCGCUGUGAUGAGGGCCUUGGAGCUGCCACAGAUUUCCAGGCUGGAGCAGACGUGGGUGACGUUACGCCAGAGACAUACAGAAGGUGCCAUCCUGUAUGAGAAGAAGCUCAAACCUUUCCUGAAGAAUUUGAAUGAUGGCAAAGAGAGCAGCGUCGUAUCCAGCACCACCUUCCCGCACAUCAUCCCCGUCCUGUCUUUGCUGGAGCGAGGCCUGGCUCUCGGGGAGGUUCUGGAGCCAUGGGAGAGCUCGGAAGUGGGCGUCGACGUGGUCAUGCACCAUCUGGAGGCGGCUCGAACCGUCGCGCAUCACGCCGGGAUCUACAGGAGCAACGUCGAGAGCAAAUUGCAGGGAUUCCAAGUCCAAGCCGACAUCCACGAAAUCUUCCAGACGGAGUUCCAGAUGCGUCUACUGUGGGGCUGCCGCGGCUCCGAGGGCAGCCAGCUGGAGCGCUACGAGAAAUUCGACAAGGUCCUCACCGCCCUCUCCCACAAGCUUGAGCCUUCGGUGCGCCACAGCGAGCUAUAGCGAAGAUGUUCACAACAAAGACAACUUGCAUUGAUCUGCACUUACCACUCCAAAGUGGUCUUGUCUUGCAUGGCCAAAAACGCGGAGGAGGGCGGGUGGACUACUGUGAGUGGAGAGGCAGCUAAAAGUACAGCCGGAUGUCACGUACUACACAACAGACACUCACUGUAAACUGUGACACUGUGGACGUCCUCACCUAUCCCUAAAAUGUCCACAAGAGGGCGCAAAUGUCCCCCGAGGGUCCAUCUGACAAGUUUGGCUUUGCUCCGCACACACAGAUGCUUCCCUGCUGUCUCACGCUGUCGUAGGAAUGACAUUUUAAUUGGAUCAUAAUGUACAUGACUUUUUGUAAUUAUGUCAAUCAUGUGAACAUUCCUUAAUUUCUUAUUUAUGUUUUUGUUAGAGCAGCUUCAUCCAUUCAGGGCAUGUCGGACCUCGUGACAAGCGGGAAGGAGCCAUAAAAGCUCAAGAUGGAGCGGGUCCAUCAAAUAUAUAUCAGCCACUCAUUAAUACAUGCAUCUUAAAUGAAGAAGGAAGGCUUUGAGAGUUGUUCAAAACAACUCACGUUAGCUUGGAGCUGUCUGCUAAAUGUUGCUAAAAGCGAGGCAAGCUUGCUGUAGUAUUCCACGUACAGCAUAAACAUUCAUGAAAAUACUCACGAUGCGCAUUUGGAUCAUUUGGACCAUCACUUAAUUUAUUCAUUUUUAUGAAUGGGAUGAAUUUUUCUGUAUGUUCUGAACUCCUAUUUCAAUGUUGUGCAUGUAAAAUGGAAACGCAACACUGCCUUCAGUAGUUCACUCCAUUUUGAGUCAAUUAUGCAAACAAUCAAAAUUGAUUUCUGGUUUAUAAUGUUCAUUAUUUGGACACUAGCAUUUGUUUUUGGUAGUUAUUAAUAAAGGUUGUAAAUGAACCUU